CGCGCACCGCCCUCGCCGCCAGCCGCGCCGGAGGAGGAGCCGCCGCGCCCUUCCCCUUCCUCCGCUCCUCCCCGGCCCGCGCCCGCCGCGGCCCCAGGCAGACUCGCGAGCAGCGGCCGCGGCCGGCGGUCGAGUCGGGAGGAUGCGGCGGCGCUCGCGGAUGCUGCUUUGCUUCGCCUUGCUGUGGGUGCUGGGCAUCGCCUACUACAUGUACUCGGGGGGCGGCUCCGCGCUGGCCGCGGGCGCGGGCGGCGGCGCCGGCAGGAAGGAGGACUGGAAGGACAUUGACCCAAUUAAAAAGAAAGACCUUCAUCACAGCAACGGGGAUGAGAAAGCACAAAGCAUGGAGACCCUCCCUCCAGGGAAAGUGCGAUGGCGGGACUUCAACCAGGAGGCUUACGUCGGCGGGACGAUGGUCCGCUCCGGGCAGGACCCCUAUGCCCGCAACAAGUUCAACCAAGUGGAGAGCGAUAAGCUGCAGAUGGACAGAGCCGUCCCCGACACCAGGCACGACCAGUGUCAGCGGAAGCAGUGGCGGGUGGACCUGCCGGCCACCAGCGUGGUGAUCACGUUUCACAAUGAAGCCAGGUCAGCCUUGCUGAGGACAGUGGUCAGCGUGCUUAAGAAAAGCCCACCCCGCCUGAUAAAAGAAAUCAUUUUGGUGGAUGACUACAGCAGUGACGCGGAAGACGGGGCACUCUUGGGGAAAAUUGAGAAAGUGCGGGUUCUCAGAAAUGAUCGGCGAGAAGGCCUGAUGCGCUCGCGGGUGCGGGGGGCCGACGCAGCCCAGGCCAAGGUCCUGACGUUCCUGGACAGCCACUGCGAAUGCAACGAGCACUGGCUGGAACCCCUCCUGGAGAGAGUGGCCGAGGACAGGACCCGCGUCGUGUCCCCCAUCAUCGACGUCAUCAACAUGGACAACUUUCAGUACGUGGGCGCGUCUGCGGACUUAAAAGGCGGCUUUGACUGGAACUUGGUGUUCAAAUGGGAUUACAUGACGCCCGAGCAGAGACGGUCCCGGCAGGGGAACCCGGUCGCCCCCAUAAAAACCCCUAUGAUUGCUGGAGGGUUGUUCGUGAUGGAUAAGUUCUAUUUUGAAGAACUGGGGAAAUAUGACAUGAUGAUGGAUGUAUGGGGAGGAGAAAACCUGGAGAUCUCGUUCCGCGUGUGGCAGUGCGGCGGCAGCCUGGAGAUCAUCCCCUGCAGCCGCGUGGGACACGUGUUCCGGAAGCAGCACCCCUACACCUUCCCCGGUGGCAGCGGCACCGUCUUUGCCCGUAACACCCGCCGGGCAGCAGAGGUCUGGAUGGACGAAUACAAAAACUUCUAUUACGCAGCAGUGCCUUCUGCUAGAAACGUCCCGUAUGGAAAUAUUCAGAGCCGAUUGGAGCUCAGGAAGAAACUUAGCUGCAAGCCUUUCAAGUGGUACCUGGAAAAUGUCUACCCAGAGCUAAGGGUUCCCGACCACCAGGAUAUAGCUUUUGGGGCCUUGCAGCAGGGGACCAACUGCCUGGACACUCUGGGACACUUUGCUGACGGCGUCGUCGGGGUUUAUGAGUGUCACAAUGCCGGCGGGAACCAGGAGUGGGCCCUGACCAAGGAGAAGUCGGUGAAGCACAUGGACUUGUGCCUGACCGUGGUGGACCGGGCGCCUGGCUCCCUCAUAAAGCUGCAGGGCUGCCGGGAGAACGACAGCCGGCAGAAAUGGGAACAGAUCGAGGGCAACUCCAAGCUGCGGCACGUGGGCAGCAACCUGUGCCUGGACAGCCGCGGGGCCCAGAACGGCGGCCUGAGCGUGGAGGUGUGCGGCCCCGCGCUGUCCCAGCAGUGGAAGUUCUCGCUCAACCUGCAGCAGUAGGGGGAGCCGCCCACGUCCUCCCGCGCCGUCGGGCCCGACGACGAGCCCGACGUUAUUGAUUCUGUUUCUUAAACUUUCGGAGAAACUAUAUACCUCAGUAUUCCAUCACGGACUGAAGGUCGGAGGACCUCGGCGCGGGGUGGGCGGCACCGGGGCGGCGAGGAGGGGGAGCUGGCCCACCCCGACCCCAGGCCCCGCCGUCCCUGCCCGCCCCGCGCCACACGGAUGGAUGCGGGAGCGCCAUGCGUGCGGGCGGCAGGACCGGAGGGAAGGGGCGGCAGCCGCAGCACAGCGAGCGGACCUCUCCGCCCUCCACUUGGAUCCGCCGACAGCACGUCCGGUUUCCAUCCGGGUCACGGUCACGUCACGUCACGUCACGGCGUUUGCCCCGCCCUCCCAGCUGUCUUCCGGCGCAGACCCCCUUCCGCGUGGCGUACCUGCUCUCUUUGGAUAUGAACUUCACUGUGGUGGGACACUGCACACGGACAUGUAUGAAGAAAGAAUGUACGGUCAGUUCCUAUGGUUUCUGUAGGUCACCCUCAUCCUGUAA